AUGUUGAUUGCUAAAGCGCAAUUCAAGCGACGCAGCACAGCCAACAUGGUUGAAAUUAAUGUUCCUGUGCCGUCGGAUGUUGACUCUCCUCGUUUUAAGACAACGGUUGGCAGCUGUAAAUACGUGCCUGAAACAAGUGUUGUUAUAUGGUCGAUCAAAAGCUUUCCAGGCGGAAAGGAGUUUGUUAUGCGUGCCAGCUUUGGCCUGCCUUCAGUCGAAAGUACUGCAUAUGUUGAAUCGAAGCCACCAAUUACGGUCAAGUUUGAGAUUCCUUAUUUUACGGUGUCUGGUCUGCAGGAAAUCUUUGCCUUAUCUGAUUUCAUGCUCCUAAGGAGGCGACCAGUGAAGGAAAUGCCUAAAAUCUGCAAGCUUGGGAAUCCGAUCGCAGAUAUAAAGACCAAGAUGGUGUAA